AUGAACAUUAAUGAGCAAGUAGAGCGUGAGGUAGAUAGAGAAUAUUUAGCUUUAUUAGAAAGGAAGCUGCAAGCUCUUAAAGAUCCAAACAAAACUACCGCAAAAAAGUUUUUGAGUGAUAUAGCAACUCAGAACGAUCACCAGUUAUUUCAAUUGCUAACGAGUGAGCCUUCUAGUUCUGCUCUGGGGUUCGAGGACAACUUCGUAGUAGAUCAACCCAUUCAACCCAAUAUAAUUCAAAGGAAAAUCGCACCCCAAAAGUGUGCUAUAAACAAGCAAGAGUUGGUCAAAUUAGUGAAGAGUGAUUUGGUCGAUAUCUGCCACCGAACCACUGAGAAAGCUGCUGAAGAGUCGGACGAAGUUGUUGAAACAGACAAAGCAGUAGAAAAGCAAACCAAAGGUAUAUCAAACUAUAAUAGUAUAUUAUAUUUCGAUCUUCAGAUGAGUGUUAAACGUGUAAAUAAGUAUACAUUAUCUGAUUUCACCCCUUUUCGUCACAGUAAUCAUUGUCUAGUCAUCAACAAUCCUAUGCAAGAUAAGAAUGAUGAUGUAGAGAAUCAUAAGCUAGUAAUUUUGGUUUCCGUUGAAGGCUCUUUAGUGUUUCUCGAUAAACCUAACAUUCCAAUACAUUUAAGUACGCUCUUACCUUUCAAAUUCUCCAAUGGAAAUUUCCUCGAGUUCAUCUGCGGAGACGUUACUAAUGAUCUUCUUCCGAACAAAUCAUCUCUUUUAUUCACAUUUUGGGUAGAAUUGAGCAGUCAUUGCGUUCCCCUCGGGUACUAUUUUGCAACUUUUCGUAUCAGCCCUCAGAGAGAGUUUAUUCUGGUUAGCCAUAAAGUUCUAGGUACUUCAGUGAGAAUAGCUCAUUGCUAUUAUGCUCAUAUCAAUGACAAAGCUGGAGUAAAAAAGUUUUGCGUCUGUUUCACCUCUAAAGAAUCUAAAAACGCUACUGAGCCAUUACUCUAUGAAGUCAAAGGAGAUUCGAUAAGCUUGUAUGAUAAUGUCCCUGAUGAGGCUCUCUCUCUGUCCACGUUUGUAGGGACUCCUGGUGUUGUAAUAAGAUGUGAUGUGAGACAUUUCAAUUCAUCACGUUGGCAUAUUUAUGGUUUUGACACUGGUUAUGCUAUUAUCACUCUUACUAGCUUUGAAACAGGGAUGAAGUUCAAGAAGCAAGUGGUGAAGUUUACGGCACCAGUGUCUGUGGCUCUCAUUCUUCCUGAUACUAAACCUCAACCUUCUAACGCAAGAUAUGUGUUGUUGUCUUCAACUUUCGGUCCAUUAAUGGUUUGGAAGUUUGUGUACGAAAAUGAUGAACUAAAUGGCGAACAUAUUGGAAACCUUGAGUUGACGGGGAAAUACGACUCCAUAACUUGUGGUUGUGUGAUGGGAGAUUUGGUGCUCAUUGGUACAUUCAAAGGGAAAAUGCUGGCUUAUAAAACUCGAAACAUUGUUGGCGGUCCUAAGACGCAACCUGCUGAUCCUCAAAUGUUUGGGAAAGUUGAUUCUUUCAAACAGUUCAACGCUUCGAUCACUUCCCUGAAAACAUUGAAUGACUGUGAAGCGGUUGCCUUGACUACAGAAGGAGCUCAGAUUUUAACCAAGUAUAUUGAGUUAGAAUAA